UGUGGUCAGCAGAACUUGAAGAACAUUGCCACUAAACUGCCUUUGGUCUGUGUAACGGGGUGGAACCGGACUUUCCGCGCCUUUGCGUUCGAAGUUAAUGACGUCGUGCGUUUGGACUCUUCCAUUCGCUAGCCAAACAAUCGAAUCGAAUGCCACGGAUGCCUUUGGCGUGAGCAAACCGUGAAGAAGUGUGACAAACGUGUGGUGUGUGAGAAAAGUGAAAUUAACCUACUUCCGCCGUAUCCGCUACGACCGGAACUGUGAACGAAACACGGCAUUCCAUUGCUUACCGUAGUGCGGUGCACGGUUCGAUGUCAUCGCAAAAAUAUGCGUUCGAGUUUGGGCAUCUGUUGAAGAAUAAUGCUAGUAGCAGCAUGCCCACCGCCAACAACAUAAUGCCGGAGCACCAGCACCUUAACGUGUUGAGUUGGACGAGCGAGAAUGUCAGCGAAUGGGCCCGCAAGGAGGGGCUGUCGCGGCGCAUCACCGAAUGGCUCGCUCGCGAGGACAUUGAUGGACGGUGUCUGUUGGCAUUUACCGAACAGGAUAUGCAGGAUCUUCCGCAACACUGUGCGUCGGAGCUGCGCUUCGGUGACAUCAAGCGAUUCUGGUUCGCAAUACGCCUGCUGCAGCGCCAAAGUUUCGCCUCGCUGGGGCCGUUGGGAAUGAUGAGCGGUAUGUGGAACAAUCCGGUGGUCGGUGGCGAAUACCUAUUGCACGGUGGUGAUAUAUUGCAUCCGGCGCACCACCACAAUCCCAACCAUCCGCACCAUGGUCCGGCCAGUGUGGCCCACGGAGGCCCGGUUCAUCACCAUCAUCAUCAUCUCCUAUCGAGCAUGGGCACGAGUUACGGUUCGGUCGGGUUUAGCUACAGCGAUCUGGAGCGUAUAUCACCGCCAAUGUCCAUCGACGGAUGCGCCACGUGCAUUCAACCGGAGUUUUUCAAAACGAUGAUAAGCCUAGGUUACGCCUUUCUCGUCACCUGGAUAACAGCGUUCGUGAUGGUGGUGGUGCACGAGCGAGUACCGGACAUGAAAAAGUACCCACCACUGCCCGAUAUCUUCCUCGAUAAUGUGCCCCACAUACCGUGGGCCUUUCACAUGUGCGAAGUGACCGGUACGAUCCUGUUUUGCAUCUGGGUGUGCGUCCUUGUGGUACACAAACACCGGAUGGUCUUGCUGCGACGUUUCUUCGCCCUAGCCGGUACCGUGUUUUUGCUGCGCUGCGUAACGAUGCUAAUCACGUCCUUGAGCGUCCCUGGAACGCAUCUGGAAUGCACACCACACGAUCACAAAUUCGACGACAGCAACGUUCGUAUAACGGAAAUGAUCUACCUGAGAAUCAGUCGUGCCUACACAAUUUGGAGUGGUCUCGGAAUGUCGAUACAGGGUGUCCGGACGUGCGGGGACUACAUGUUUAGCGGGCAUACGGUAGCACUGACGCUGCUAAAUUUCUUCAUCACCGAAUAUACACCACGGAACCUAUACUUCCUGCAUACGCUCACCUGGCUGUUGAACAUGUUUGGAAUAUUCUUCAUCCUGGCCGCCCACGAGCAUUACUCAAUCGACGUGUUCGUGGCGUUCUACAUAACUUCGAGGCUAUUUUUGUACUACCACACGCUAGCUAACAAUCAGGCCCUGAUGUCGCACGACUCGAACCGCACACGCAUAUGGUUUCCCAUGUUUAGCUACUUCGAAAGUUCCGUCGAUGGUAUCAUCCCGAACGAGUAUGAUACCGUGUACGGUGUGCUGUCCAAGCUGUUCGGUUGCGUGCUUUACGUGAAGGAUGUGUGCAUGCUGACAGCUCGUCGCUUCUGGAUCGCCAACAUCGACGGGCAAGCCGUCUUGAAGACCAGCCUGCAAAAGCAGAUGCAACCAAAUCAAUCUACUGCUGUCCCUUCGCAACACCGCCAGCCGUCGUCGUCGUCCGGUGAGGCGUCCACGGACGACCCAGCCAAUGGAGAAGAUCACGCUCAACCCGGUCAGAUUCCGAACAACCUAGAACACAACCGACCAGUCGAUAAAAAGCCUGUCAAGUGUAACAAUAUUAUAAACGCCGGUGACAUCGAUGUUGCGAGCAUGAAACGGAAAUCGUUCAGCAAUAACAAUGCUUCCCUCCCAAAGAGUGCGAACAGUUCACCAAAGUUGACGAAUAAUAACAACCUGCUUCCAUGUGACGACAGGGAGGGUGCGAAUGAAUUUGCCAAGAAGAAGGACCUAUAGAAGGGCGUACUCGUUUUGACGGAAAAUUCCGUUGCGCCUUUUGCUUUCCUUGGGUGGUCAUUUCCCGUCUGGAGGCUUUCAGCGAAAGCGGUUGGGGGUGUAAACAAAAAUUCUUAGCUUCCUCAUUGCUAGCAAUUAAGUGGGUUCAGUAGGUUUGGCCAAAUAAUUAUUUGCUUUGAUGGUUAGUUGUAAAUGUUAUGCUUUAAAGACUGUUAUCGCUACGUGGAUGCGGUUGACACUAAUAGGUAGAGAAGUAGGGCAUAUGUUCGGAACGAAUAACUUCAUCCAGCUUCCUCGGAAGAUCGUUUAGUAUAUACUACGUUAUUUAUUACGCAUCAUAAUUAUACACCGAUCGUUCAUUUUUUUCCCCUUCAUUUGCUUGGCAAUGUUAUAUAGAAUGUUUUGUCAGUUGAAGAAGUUUGACAGCGAAACAAAGGCUAGCGUGUUUUGAUCGAUGAACUUUGUGAUAUAGUUUUAAAAUAUAUUCUCAAUCGUUGCCGUUCGGUGCAGGCAAAACUGCGUUCAUUCUCUCCCGAUCCUCCAAAAAACAUUUCUUCCUGCGUCAUGCGUUUCGGACUCAUGUGGCAUACAGUUGUCAAAUUAUUUAUUUUCAUUUGUCUUUCCUAGCGUAGUGGUUUGUAAUCUUUAAAAAGUAUUAAAUCGAAGGCGGCUUCGAUUCUGGAAGAAACGCAAUAGGCAACAGCAAUAAGACGCUAGAAGACAUUGAAAACAGUGAACAAAGAUAAAUGCAAAAAUAGUUCAUGAAUAACAAUUAUUAAGAAUUUUCCAAGCCCAGCAUAGCGAACUAGUCGAGCAGAACAUAGGACAGAAAUAUAUGACUAAGGGGUGUAUUUGAGUACUGUUAGAAGUUGUCCGUUAGAUUAUGCCUCGGUAGAAUGAUAAGGAACUUUUUCCGUCUCAUUAUCCAGCCUACACAUACACAAUCGAGAACCGUCGGUUAUUACUAAAGUAAAGCAACUCUUUCACAGAAUAAAACAAAGCUGCUCCUUUCCCCACAGCUACCGUGCUUACAUUGGAAUGUAUAACGAAUAUACUACUUUUGCCAAACAUUUUAAAAACAGUCAGACGGUGCGAUGAGAGGGUUGCUCAAUAGAUUUGUUAUCUCACCAACUAAAAUGACUCUUAAAUCUUUUCUAACGAUUCUAUUCUUCAGCAUACAACAAAAUAAAACGCACACAUGAACUCAAAGCAAUAGGAGCUUCAAAUGGCACGAAAAUCAGGAACAAUUUACCUUUUACAAAUACUCCAUACUUAUAAUACUUACUUUUCUUGUAAGUUACGAAUAGAGGAGAUCUUUCUUUAUGAAAGGUUUGCAACAAUGAAAAUCAAA